CAAGUCGAAUCUAAAAAUCAUUGAGCUCAUAUACUUGGUGUUUGUUGGAGCUGUUUGUUGAAAUUUCAAGUAUUUCAAAGCCCAAAAGAAAAAUUAAUUAAAAAAAUAAAUACGCCCUGUAUUUGUGUUAAAAUUGAAAAUUUUAUUUCGAGACUAUUCUGUGAGCCGAUAUUAAAAUGGCAGAAGCCGUUUCACAGAACCCAGCUCCAGGCGCCAGUGCUGAUAACACCUGGUGUCUGGUGGAGAGCGACCCGGGUGUUUUUACCGAACUGAUCCGUGGCUUUGGCGUCACAGGUGCUCAGGUGGAGGAGAUAUGGACUUUGGACGCUGCAGCCUUCCAUCAUCUGGAUCCCAUUCAUGGACUAAUUUUUCUGUUCAAAUGGAUGCAGGAUGACAAGCCCACUGGCCGUAUUGUCACGGAUCGUAACGAUAUAUUUUUCGUACGCCAGGUUAUCACCAAUGCUUGUGCCACUCAGGCACUACUUAGUUUAUUAAUGAAUCUCCAGCACCCAGACAUCGAUCUGGGAGAAACUCUCACCAAUUUCAAGUCCGGUUGCGAGAACCUCGAUCCGAUAAUGCGCGGCAUGUCCCUCAGCCAGGAGUCCAAGAUCCGUACCGUGCACAAUUCUUUCGCCCGUCCGGUGCUCUUCGAGAUGGACGUGCCCAAUCCUACCGAGGAUGCCGAUGUGUAUCACUUUGUGGGCUUCAUGCCCAUCAAGGGACGUCUGUAUGAGCUGGACGGAAUGCGCGAGGGGCCCAUCGAGCUGGCCGAGAUCGCUCCGGAACAAAAUUGGCUGGACGUCGUCCGUCCGAUCAUCGAGGCCCGCAUGCACCGCUACAGUGUGGGCGAGAUUCACUUCAAUCUGAUGGCUCUGGUGUCGGAUCGCCAGCGAUACUACGAGCGUCAGAUCCAGCUGCUGGUCCACCAGCCCUCGUCGUUGAGUGAGGGCGAGCGUCAGGCGCAGAUCGCCACUCUGGGAUCCUUUGUGAAGUUCGAGAAGGACAAGAAGCGUCGCUACAAGCGAGAGAACGAACGUCGUCGCCACAACUACUUGCCGUUCAUCGUGGAGCUGCUGAAGCAGCUGGGCCAGACCGGCCAGUUGAUGCCCAUCUUCGAGAGGGCCAAGGAGAGGGCCAUGGAAUGCCACACGCAAGAUUAUCUGAGGCAACAGCAGUUGCAGCGGGAAAUCGUGGAGCGCCAGCAACUGCUACAGGUAAUGCAGGAGGGAAACGAUAAGAAGCCUAAAAAUGAGGAUUCGGGCAAGAAGGAGGAUAAGCCGUCUCCGUAAGCCCCGACUAAUUUUCGAUCUCGGAGGAGUGCCAACUCCCACAACCUUAAAAUUUCAAGUGACACUGAACAUCAUCCCUCCACGAAGUACUCUUGGAAAACGCCUUGCUGUUUUUUUGUUUAUUUUUUUGGUUAUUAUUUUUUGUUUUACAUCCGAAACAACUUUGAUGGAAGCAACAUAUUGCAACAACUACGAAAAAAUCAAUUCCAUAAAUAUAUGGUUUUGAUAAUAUUAAUAUUACCAUUAUUCUAAAAAUAUAUCAUAUCGUCAUUAAAUGUUAUAGACCUGCGAA